GCACAUACUCCAUUUCUCCUCUCUCCCUUCCCUAGAGGAAAUAGAGAAGCUCUUCAAGUAUCCGAUGUUUUUGUUUAAUCAACAAGAGGCGGAGAUACGGGAGAAAUUGCAUGUGUAAUCAUAAAAUGUAGAUGUUAGCUUCGUCGUUUUUACUAUAGUUUAGUUCUCUUCUUCUUCUUUUUUCGUCAUUACAAUCUCUUUCUUAAUUUACUUCUUCUUGAUAGUAUAAUUAAGUUGUUUGUAAUAAUCUGUACAAAGAUGUUGUGUUCUCAUAAAAAAUUCAAUUUUGUAAAGAAGCUCUACAUGUUCCUUGCUCUGUAAACAUGGUCCCCUUUUGGACUACAGUUUCUCGAAAUGGCUCAUCAGACUCAGAGACGACUCUCCAAUCUGCUUCAAAAGCCACAAAACAGUAUAAAUAUCCUUCUCUUCGUCCCUCUCAUCGCCUGUCUCUCCUCUUCCUCUUCCCGUUCCAUUUAUCCGCAAACGGAGCUUGUUUUCGGUGCACCUGCUUCAGCCACUUCAAACUUGGUAUAGUAUAUAAAUUAUACAAUUCCCUUUCUCUUUCUUUCUUUUAUCAACAAGAAUCUAAUAUGUAUACGUCGUAAAAGGGUUUUGAGUAUUUGUAAUUCUUUACUAAAUAUGUGAAUGAAGUUAAUUUGUAGGGAUGUAUAUAGCUAAGGAUAUCUGAAUGGAGCUUAUCAUUUGGAUUCGUAUUUGAUUUCUACUAUAACACGCUUUAACUUUUAUCACAAUCGAAAACAAUAAAUAAUAAUUUAUAGUGUUUCAUAUACAUGGUUGAUGCUUGUUAACUUGUUGGUGAAUCACGUAAGAGAGAGGUUAGUGUGAGUGUGAGUGUACGUGUAUAUUUUGCCUAACUUCCAACAAUCUUGGAACAUUCUCAUGUUUCUAUUUCUUAAUUUUUCUAAUAAUUAAACAAUUAGUGCUUUUUUUAUAUAUUUAACGUGAUGAACGAGGGUUUUAAAAAAUAUAUAUAAGAAACUCAGAAUCUUUAUAGUGAGGGAAAAAAAAGAACUAAAGCAAAACACAUUCAUUAAAAAUUUAAAAUCAUUACUAUGAAAAAAUAAAAAAAAAUCAUUACUAUGAAAAAGCCACAUUCCCACUAUCUGUCCAUCACAUCCCUACCUCUGAAAGUCUCAAUUAAGCUCUUAACCAUUCAAAGUUAGCCACGUGUAAUUAUUGUCAUUACUAAUACGUAGAUGUAUACAAAAAAAAAACGACUAUAUGUUAUUGAAUGGGUGUGUUUAUAAAAGUAAAGCUGUGUUGUAGUUCGUCAUUAAUAUUAGUUAAUUCACAACCAAAUUCGGUCUCUCUGUUUUCAACAUAAAUUGGCGGUUAAUUAUUUACUAGGUAAUGGCCAUACUAUUGUGUGAGCAAUCUUUACCUUUUACAAUUUUAGAAGUAAAGUUUAGAUAUGGAGUUAAAUCCAAAGUUAUACAUUAAAAAUAUAAUCUAAUAUAUAUAUAUAUACAUACAUAUAUAUAAAACUAAAAUUCAAAAUGAUAAAACAAAAUCUUUAUAAAUUUGACUAUAAAUACUAAAAUUUAAUAUAUUUCAAAUUUUAAUAUAAAUUUUAUCUUUAUUUAUGGAAUUAAAUCUGGCAUAUUACUAGAAAUCAGAUAGUCAAAAAUUGUUUAUUAUUCUGUUUAUUUAUUUACUAUAAGAUAGAUACAACUACUAUUUUAAGCAUUACUAUUAUACUUUUUCACUCAUUUUCAUCCUAGUUAAUUAUUUUUUUAGCUAAGAACUGAGAAGGAUGGGAAACGAAUCAUAUGAAGACGCCAUCGAAGCUCUCAAGAAGCUUCUCAUUGAGAAGGAUGAUCUGAAGGAUGUAGCUGCGGCCAAGGUGAAGAAGAUCACGGCGGAGCUUCAGGCAGCCUCGUCAUCGGACAGCAAAUCUUUUGAUCCCGUCGAACGAAUUAAGGAAGGCUUCGUCACCUUCAAGAAGGAGAAAUACGAGACCAAUCCUGCUUUGUAUGGUGAGCUCGCCAAAGGUCAAAGCCCAAAGUACAUGGUGUUUGCUUGUUCGGACUCACGAGUGUGCCCAUCACACGUACUAGACUUCCAUCCUGGAGAUGCCUUCGUGGUUCGUAAUAUCGCCAAUAUGGUUCCUCCUUUUGACAAGGUCAAAUAUGCAGGAGUUGGAGCCGCCAUUGAAUACGCUGUCUUGCACCUUAAGGUGGAAAACAUUGUGGUGAUAGGGCACAGUGCAUGUGGUGGCAUCAAGGGGCUUAUGUCAUUUCCUCUUGACGGAAACAACUCUACUGACUUCAUAGAGGAUUGGGUCAAAAUCUGUUUACCAGCAAAGUCAAAAGUUUUGGCAGAAAGUGAAAGUUCAGCAUUUGAAGACCAAUGUGGCCGAUGCGAAAGGGAGGCAGUGAAUGUGUCACUAGCAAACCUAUUGACAUAUCCAUUUGUGAGAGAAGGAGUUGUGAAAGGAACACUUGCUUUGAAGGGAGGCUACUAUGACUUUGUUAAUGGCUCCUUUGAGCUUUGGGAGCUCCAGUUUGGAAUUUCCCCCGUUCAUUCUAUAUGAACUAACACAUCACCAUCACCAUCGCUACCACCACCAUCACAAACAUCAUCAUCGUCGUCAUCAUCAUGAUCAGCAUCUUCAUAUAUAAAUGUUUUACUCUUAUUUAAUUGCUACUUGUAAUGGUAUACAUUUACUUGCGAUGAGCUUCUUUUCCUUCAUUAUCCAGUUAUAAAAUAAAUAAAUAAAUCAUGUUUACUUUCACAGAUAUCGUUUUGCUGAAGUUGCUUUGAUUUACAACACGAGAGAAUAACAAAAUCGUAUAAAUUUUAUUUAUUUGUCAAACG